GGCACUAGUCUGUUGAUACCGAAAAUUAAAUUUCUGUCACUCGCUUUUCCCAUUCAUUUACAAUUGCAAUAGGUUGAGAUAAAGAAGUAACUACCUGAAGGCAGCUAUACUCGGCAAUAACGAUUCAAUAAACAUGGGAUCAAAAGCGAGCGACUGAUUUCAUUCUCGGCUCCAUAGUCCAUACCCAUUAUAGCAUUUAUUACAUACCGGCCUGACUAGCAUCAUUUCUUACCCGUGAAUUGCAGAUAUGUUUAUUUUGUUAUUCGCUUUUACUUGUCUACCAGCUGCUUCCUCCGACGAUUACAUUUACAAUGCACUUCACUUUGGAAGCUCCAGUAAUGACUACGUCGGGUUUAACUUUGACAUGGCACCAUUCAGAAACUCGCUCUCUCUCUGUUCGUGGAUAAAACGCGUAGACACAUCCGCCUCCUACCCGGUAGUGUUUAACUACUACAUAAGUGGCCCUGAGAUCUAUAUAGGAUCUGAUGGGCGAGUCAACAUGGUAGUAGGAGAUGAAAGUUUGAAUAGCCUGGAAAGUAAGUUUACAACACCUUUAGGAAGGUGGUUUAGUUACUGUUUAACCUGGUCACUAGCCACGAGAACAAGCAAGCUGUAUCUGGACGGUAAUCUAAUAGCCACGGCUCAGACACCAUCUGGGAGAGCAUUGACAAUGGGAGGGACCUUGUUCUUCAAUAGAUUCUCUCAUUCUACAAAUUCUGGUUACAUUUUUGGAGGGCAGAUCUCCCAAUUUAACAUUUAUUCGGAUGUUCUGAGCUCUGAAUCAAUCCAGAAAAUAACAGAAGGGGGUCUUUGUUUUGAUCUGGAAGAGUUCUCAGAAAUUAGGGUCCUUCGUUGGGAAGUUAUUCUGGACAGAUCAAGAAAUGGAAAUGUGAGAGAGGUUACGGUGUGUACACAAGAGAAAUUAUCCAGUCAGAAAUCACAAAGGAGGUUAGCAGAGAUUACUGGACAGUACAAUGAAACAAAGACUCAACUGAGUAAGAUGGAAAGAACGCUGGAGGUAGUAACUGGAAAACUGAAGUAUACAGAGGAGAAACUGGAGGUAGUAACUGGACAGCUCAACUCUACAGAGGAGAAACUGGAGGUAGUAACUGGACAGUUCAAAUCUGCACAAGAUGAGCUAGUAGCUGUGAAAGGUGACCUACAGACGGAGACAUCUCAACAUAACGUGACGGAAGAAAGACUGGAUGCCUGCUCCAGAAGACUUGCAGAAACGCAAAGCAAGCUGGAGACCGCCAGAACGUUGGUGAAUAUUAGCAGGUGGGAUGUCCUGUACACCCCGCCUUAUUUCAACAAAGUGCUGACUGAGGAACUGUUUCAGCAGUUCACCUCCAGUUGGGAUCCACUGAGAAAGUUUGUAGGCACUAACUUGACUGACGGUGUGGUAGAGCACUUCAGACAAUACCACAAGGAGCCCGAGUGUGAUACAUUUGAGCAGUUCUCAUCUAGCAUGCUUAGACAUUUUCUGGGGGUAGAAAUGACGUCAGGUAUUAUUAAACAUUUCAAGGAAACUCACGAGGACUCUGCGUGUAACAACAACACAGAGAGUUAGAAUUAGAUUACUGUAACAGCUCACCCGGAACAAUUGCACUUCGCAAACUUAUUUCAACAUUUUUCGUUAUUCAUCUGCCAGCAUUGAUUUCUAACAAUUAUCGUACUAAUAAUGCUUAUAUAUGUAUACGUACAUACUGACUCUAAAGUGACUCGUUCUCAUGAACCUCCAAUAUUUGAUUUCAAUUCAAAUUGUUGAUAUUUUUGAGACCAUCUGAUGGAAAUUAUUCAACAUUCUACGUUAGAUAUAGCGUCAUUCUCUGAUAAGGAUUUGCACUGUUUUACAAAAUGUGUUAAUCAUUCAUGAUUGAAUUAAUUAAAAUAACAUUUAAAAUAUUUUGAUACUGGUAACGACUGUUUAAAAAAUGUAGGACUACAGUUGUUACCUACAAUUUGUAAUGAUAUUUUGCCGAAAGGUAAUUAUAUUUGACUAACAACUUAACAAGUUUGUUGGGUAUUCUGUGAGAGAGUGUGACUACAGUUUUAACCUCCAUUGUUUAUAACAACGAGUAAGUAGUCACUAGUAAUCUAGUUAAACUUAAUCUUACUAUUACUAAUUAGUUGGUUUAUUUCUAUCACUUUGUGUAAAAUGUCUUACAGUGGAGGAAGAACAGCCGAAAUGUGUGAACGACCCCCACCGACUAUUUUCCAAAUUUAUUAUAUCC